AUGGAGGAACACUUGAGAGAUGGGCGGGAUGUAGCGCGAAAAAGUCGCGAUCAGCAUCAGGCAAUCAAGGAACAGCUAUACCGAUUACAGAACUUAAAGGCGGAGGAUCCGGACUUUGAAUCGACGUUCCACAGCCUAUCCUCCGACUUACAGCAGUAUGCCAAAGAGGCCGAGGAGCGCGAAUUGCCCGAACUCGAAAAUAAGCUCGACGAUGACUCGGUGUCAUCCACUGUCUCCCAAAUCACCGCCAUUCGAGACGGCGGCCGCGCUACUAACUGCGCCUAUUGA